AGGCAGGUGCCCGACAUGGCGAGUGCUGUGCUGCCGAGCGGUUCCCAGUGUGCGGCGGCAGCGGCUGUGGCGGCGGCAGCGGCACCUCCAGGGCUCCGGCUCCGGCUCUUGCUGUUGCUCCUCUCGGCCGCGGCACUGAUCCCCACAGGUGAUGGACAGAAUCUGUUUACUAAAGACGUGACAGUGAUUGAAGGAGAAGUUGCAACCAUCAGCUGCCAAGUCAAUAAGAGUGACGACUCCGUGAUUCAGCUCCUGAACCCCAACAGGCAGACCAUUUACUUCAGGGACUUCAGGCCUUUGAAGGACAGCAGGUUUCAGCUGCUGAAUUUUUCUAGCAGUGAACUCAAAGUGUCACUGACAAAUGUUUCGAUUUCGGAUGAAGGGAGAUACUUCUGCCAGCUCUACACGGACCCCCCACAGGAGAGUUACACCACCAUCACAGUCCUGGUCCCUCCACGUAACUUGAUGAUCGAUAUCCAGAAAGACACGGCAGUUGAAGGGGAGGAGAUUGAAGUCAACUGCACUGCCAUGGCCAGCAAGCCGGCUACGACCAUCCGGUGGUUCAAAGGGAACAAGGAACUCAAAGGCAAAUCAGAGGUGGAAGAGUGGUCGGACAUGUACACUGUGACCAGUCAGCUGAUGCUGAAGGUGCACAAGGAAGAUGAUGGGGUCCCAGUGAUCUGUCAGGUGGAGCACCCUGCAGUCACUGGAAACCUGCAGACCCAGCGCUAUCUAGAAGUGCAGUAUAAACCGCAAGUGCAUAUCCAGAUGACUUACCCUCUACAAGGCCUAACCCGGGAAGGGGAUGCGCUUGAGUUAACGUGUGAAGCCAUCGGGAAGCCCCAGCCUGUGAUGGUAACUUGGGUGAGAGUCGAUGAUGAAAUGCCUCAGCAUGCCGUACUGUCUGGGCCAAACCUGUUCAUCAAUAACCUAAACAAAACAGAUAAUGGUACUUACCGCUGUGAGGCGUCCAACACAGUGGGGAAAGCUCACUCGGACUAUAUGCUGUAUGUAUACGAUCCCCCCACAACUAUCCCUCCUCCCACAACAACCACCACCACUACCACCACCACCACCACCACCAUCCUUACCAUCAUCACAGACACCACGGCGACGACAGAACCAGCAGUUCACGAUUCUCGAGCAGGUGAAGAGGGGACCAUUGGGGCAGUGGACCACGCGGUGAUUGGCGGCGUCGUAGCCGUGGUGGUGUUUGCCAUGCUAUGCUUGCUCAUCAUUCUGGGCCGCUAUUUUGCCAGACAUAAAGGUACAUACUUCACUCAUGAAGCCAAAGGAGCCGAUGACGCAGCAGACGCAGACACAGCUAUAAUCAAUGCAGAAGGAGGACAGAACAACUCGGAAGAAAAGAAAGAGUACUUCAUCUAGAUGAGCCUUUUUGUUCCAAUGAGGUGUCCAACUGGCCUGUUUAGAUGAUAAAGAGACAGUGAUACUGGAACUUGCGAGAAGCUCGUGUGUUUUUUUUAUGAGUGGGUGGAGAGAUGCGAGACUGGGAAGGCUUGGGGUUUGCAAUGUACAAACAAAAACAAAGAAUGUUCUUUGAAAGUACGAUCUGCUGUUUGACACCUCUUUUUAAUCUGGUUUUAAUUGGUUUGGGUUUUGGUUUUUUUUGUUUUGUUUUUUGUUUUUGUUUUGUUUUUUUUUUUUCGUUUCUAUUUCUUCCUACCAAGUCAAACUUGGGUACUUGGAUUUGGUUCGGUAGAUUGCAGAAAAUUCUGUGCCUUGUUUUCGUUCGCUUGUUGUGUUUCCUCCCUUUUGCCCUUUUUAUGCAUUUAUUUUUCCCAAAAUCAAAUUUGUUUUCCCCCUCCCAAACCUCCCAUAUUUUGGAAUUGACCUGCUGGGAUUCCUAAGACUUUCCCCCGUUGUCAGUUUCUUUUAUUUGUGUUAACAGUGACUGCUUUCUGUUCCAAAUUCAGUUUCAUAAAAGGAAAACCAGCACAGUUUAGAUUUCAUAGUUCAGAAUUUAGUGUCUCCAUGAUGCAUCCUUCUCUGUUGUCGUAAAGAUUUGGGUGAAGAAAAAAAAAAAGAAAAAAAGAAAAAAAAAGAAAACAAUGAAAACUCUUUGCUGCUGCCCAUGUCUUAAAUACUUAGAGCAGCGAAGACUAGAAACGUAGACUGUGACCCAGAAGCUGUCGUCUGCUGUGGAUCUUCAUUACUGUACAGGGUUAUCUGCAAGUGAGGUGUGUCGCAAUGAGAUUGAAUCUGUCGUUAAUUCUUUAUCUGUAGGCGGCUCAGUAUAGAUUACCCCACGCUGUGCAGAAAGUUUUUGGAGUGGAAAGGUCUCCUCCUUCCUCGUUGCCCUAAACAGACCUGACAGGUUAGGUCUGUCCGUUUUAUGUAAGUGGACAAAUUUGAGAUGCCACAGGAGGGGAAGCAGGGAGGGGGUACAACAGUUCUGCUCUGGUUAUUUCUACUCUGAACAAUUCCAUCCACCUUUCCCAAUUGGCCUUACUGCUCACUCCGUGCAGGAUAGAGCAAGUCCGUGUGCUGUGUGAGUGACUGAAGGGGACAGGUUUUCAGGUUUUGUUUAGGUUUUGGUUUUGUUUUGUUUUUGUUUUUCCCCCUUUGUGCUUAUUAAGGAUGGCAGUGGGAUGUGUCCUGUGUGUACUGUAUAUUACAGACACCGUCCUGCUGGGACACUUGUCCUGCUGGGAUUUCCAGCUCCAAUCCCUGCUCUGCUCCCAUUCCUUCAGAUUUGGCUCGACAAAGGCAGGAGGUACAAAAGAAGGGCCGGUAUUGUUCUCGAAAGGUCAGAGCUGAGGUGGAAAAGCAGCAUGUGGGGCUUUUUCAGUUACUUAAUCAAAACUCCAAAUGUGAGUGUUUCUAUCUUCCGUGCACUAGCCCUGGCCUCUUUCCUCAGCCUUAAGAAACAUCUGCCAAAAAUUCCUCAUCUCGCAUGAUGGCAGCCAUAGCGCAUAGCUACUAAAAUAAGUUUCCGUGAACAUAUCUUACACCGGAGCCUGGGGGAAGGGAGAGGAGUGGAGGAACCAUUUGCUUUCUCUAAAGCUAAGCAAGGGGUUGCAGAAGUGCCGAGGGCAUCUAGCAGUAGUUCUGAAGAAGGACAGAACCUAAACUCUUACCACACGUGUCGGUAAGCUCCAGACUCCAAAACAGUCCCUCUGGAAAGACGGCAUCAGAAAAGAUAGAUCUAUCUAUAUAUAUAUAAAUAUAUAAAUAUAUAUUAUAUAACAUUUUCAGUCAGUCCUUUUGGAUUUUGCAAGGUGCAUUUUUACUAUUGUUACAUUAUGUGGAAAACUUACGCUGAUUUAUUUAAGGGGAAAAAAAGUGUCGACUCUGUUAUUUGAAAGCGUAUUUUCUUUUUCUUGUCUUUAUUUUAACUUCCGAUAGAACCACUGCAAUAUGGGGGCCUUUUGGGAACGGACUGGUAUGUUAAAGGAGAAUCCAUUACGGAGCAGUGUUUUGUUAACCCCUCUCCUGCCCCUAGGCACUUAACCAAGACAAAAAGCCACAAGGAGCACCCUUUUUCAAGAGUUUUAUAAUGUGCAUCUAUUCCGAGCCCUUAGCACCCAUCCUGACCAUAGUGACCAUAUCAAAGGGUGACAACCAGUUAGCAUGUCGUUGAAAGGGUUUUUCAGCUGUCCUUUUUAGAAAAAAAAAAUAUAAAAAAUAUAUUUAAAAAAAACAAUAAAAGAACAAACACACACAAAAAAAAACUACCAUUGUUCACAGAAUUGGCAUCUCAUUUUCGGGACCGCCCAUCUUUCUGUUUUGACAAGUGUAUACAGUAGUGCAGUGUUCUGAUGUAACUUUAUGGCUUACAAUGUUGACAUGUCUCAGGUUCCUGUGUUUCGAUUGGUGUUUUUCCGUCUCAGGUAGAUUGCAAAGUGUAGGCCCCACACAUUGGAAAAAUAAUAAUAAUAAAUAAUAAUAAUAAUAAUAAAACAAAGCAAAAACAGGAAAUUGCAGACUUUAGUUGUAUAUUGGUUUAUGUAUUUUUCUUAAGUAUACAGUGCACUGUUUGAAAUGUAUUGUUGAGUAUUACUUUGUACAGGUUGAUCACUUUUUUUAGAGUGAAGAAAGAACAAACUUGGGUUUUUUUUGUGUUUUUUUAAAGGAGUAUAAAAUAAUGAAGGAUGUAUAAUUGAUGCCAAAUAAGCUUGUUCUUUAGUCACGAUGACGUCUUGUUUUCCCUCUAGGCCAGCUCUGUCUCUAAGGUACAAGGACCAUGUUACAGUGUAAGAAACUCCACACCCGUGUGUGCACAUUCAUUCGCAUUUUGUAUCGGUUCAUGUAUACCAUUUUUACAAAAAGAAAAAAAAGGAAAAAAAAGAAGUACUAUAAAAUAUCUGUCUUCUUAAUAAAAAAAAUUAAUGUUACAAGUGA